CUCCCCCGGCCGGGCGGGCUGCGGGGCGGCCUCCACCAUUUCCGCGGGCGCGGGGCGAGGGAGAGAGCGGGGCCGAGUUCUGCCGGAGCGGCUCCUGCGGCUUCAGCACCGCGGCACUGGACAGCGCCCGGCAGGCGGCGGCUCCGCGGCGCUGAGCGGCGGCCGGGGCAGGGCGGUGCGGUGCGGUGCGGUGCGGUGCGGGAGGCGGGCGGGACCCCAGCCGGGCUGGCCCCGGGGCUGGGCGGCUGCAGGAUGCUCCUCAAGCUGGCGGUCACGUUGCAGGUGCUGUCGCUGUUGGCAAGCCGGGCGCACGGCUUCCCGAAGCCCGCGGGCAGAGAUAAAGCUGUACACAACAGGCAAUUAAGUGUAGAAAGACCUUUGGAGGAACAGAUUGCUGAAGCUGAGGCAGACAAGAAUAGGAAGAUAGGUCCCACAGAAAAUAAGCCAGAGUUCAGGAAUUAUUCCUUUGUUGAUGACUUGAACCUGCUAAAGUCGGUAGCAGAAAGAGAGAGGAACGAAAAAGAGAGGGAGUCAAUUAGAACCUCUUUGUAUGAACAGCAAUUGGCCAUUGAUGAUGCAGACUCCACCAAGAACCGCAGACUCGUGGAUGAGUACGACUCUACUAAAAGUGGGCUGGAUUAUAAAUUCCAAGAUGAUCCAGAUGGCCUUCAUCAAUUAGAUGGCACUCCCUUGACUGCUGAAGACAUUGUUCAAAAAAUUGCUACAAGGAUUUAUGAGGAAAAUGAUAGAGGAGUGUUUGACAAGAUCGUUUCCAAACUUCUGAAUCUGGGGCUAAUCACGGAGAGUCAGGCCUAUACUCUGGAAGAUGAAGUGGCAGAGGUUUUACAGCAGCUAAUUGCAAAUGAAGCAAAGGAUCGUGAGAAGGAGCCUGAAGAUUUUGAUUACCCUCCAAGCAGAGCAGACAGUGAUUCAAAGGAAAAGCAACAGGAGAAAAUGACAUCAAGCAAAUCUGAUCAGGAUAGUUUCAUCAAUGGGGAAAUUGAUGAUACCCUGGAUAACACAUGGUCAUCAUCUAAUGUCUUGGAAAGAAGAAAUGAGCUGCCUUCUGAAGAUGAUUUUGAAGACCUCCAGUACUUUCCAAACUUUUACGCACUAUUAAAAAGUCUUAACUCAGAGACAGAGACAAAAGAGAAAGAGACCUUAAUAACCAUCAUGAAAACCCUGAUUGAUUUUGUGAAGAUGAUGGUUAAAUAUGGAACAAUCACACCAGAAGAAGGAGUUUCCUAUCUGGAAAACUUAGAUACAAUGAUAGCUGUGCAGACAAAGAAGAAACUUGAGAAUCCUUCCAUUAAAACCAAACCAAAGCAACCAACAGACAAGAGUAGUGAAGAAGCAGACAGUACAAAGGAAGAAGCAGCUAAAAUGGAGAAGGAAUAUGAAAUCUCAAAGGAUUCCACAAAAAAUGAAGAACAAAAUGCAGCAGAAAACAGUGAAGAGCCCAGAGGAAAAGCUGAGGCAUAUUUGGAAGCAAUCAAGAAGAACAUAGAAUGGCUAAAAAAGCACAACAAACAAGGUAACAAAGAAGAUUAUGAUCUUUCAAAGCUGAGAGAUUUCAUUGAUCAGCAAGCAGAUGCAUAUGUGGACAAGGGCAUCCUGGACAAGGAAGAGGCUGAUGUAAUUAAACGCAUAUAUGGCAGCCUGUAAAAAGCUGGUGGCUGCCCACCAUGUAGAGAACUAGUGUAGCUUUCCCCCAUCCCAGCUCAAUGACUUAUGGUCUGUUGUUUUGAAGAUACUGUUAGAAAUUCCUUUACAUUGUACUGAUAACUUUUUAGAAAUGGAGAGCUAUAGUGCUCUGUACACUGACUGCAUACUGUAUUUUCCUACACUCGCAAAUCAAAUCUAAACACCAACUUCUGAUGCUGACUUUCUAUUUGACAGGGUAAAUAUUUACGUAAUGCUCUCUUUGAUUUGUGUUUGGUUUACUUUGUAGAUAAACCUAUCAUUUCUGAUGGAGAAGUCUUUUAAUGCUGCACCUUUUUGCUCUCACUCCACUAGCUUUCUAUAGAUGCAACUAUGUAAAGGGCAUUAUUAGGAAAUAGUUAAUAGAUCUUUAAAUAAAAGAUUUGAAAAUAAUUUACCUAUUAAAGUUUUUAUCAAUCUUAAUAUUUUACAUCCAGAGAUCUUGUUUUAAAAUCCUAAUAGCAUGUGUUUUCUUGACUUUUUUUGUUUCUUUUGUGUAGUAUUCUCUAACUUGGAGCAGUGUCAUGAGCUAACAGUCACAUCUCUGACACAACUGCCUUUCUUUUUAAAGAGCUCCAUUCUCCCCGGUAGCUUCAUUAAGCAUGUCUAAAAGUUCUCCUUAGUGCACCAUUUUAUGACUGUGCAUGCAUUUGCUGGAUUCCUGAUGUGAGUAGCCUGAUAACAAGUGUAAAUAACCAUUACUUUCUUAUUAAAAAAAAGAAAAAGGAAAGCAAUUAAAGCCAUUUUGCAGGGAAAUAGUUUGCAACUGGAGAUGCUUUUAGAAACACAAGCCCUGUUUUUCUGGACUGAAUGAACCCAUCAGAUCUCAGCAUCUCUGAAUAUCAAGUCCAUGGUCUGCUUACUGACUUGGUACUUGCUGUCACUAGGCAAUUAGUUGGUACCCAAAGGGUGAAAAAGGGAAACAAAAAUUCCACUCUUCCUCAACUUGCAGAGUUUAUGAAGAAUGGCGUAAGAAAUCUUUUCGCAUGUAAGUGAAUGGAUGAUUCUGUGCCUGAAGAACUCACAAAGUAAGAGCAGUGAAGGAAGACUCAGAGUACUGCCUGCAUAGCACUAAGUUCAUAAAUGGGCAGAUCAUUUCCUUUCCUAUUUCCACAGCACAAUUGGAUGCUGAAGUUGAGGGGAAGAUUGGAACAGUGUUUCACAGCCAACUUUGGCAUCCUUGUAAAACAUAAAUUAUCAACUGAACAUUAUCAAUAGAACAUUAUUGGUAACAAACGUUAAAUGAAUGUGAUAGCAAUGAGGUGAAACAACAUAGCUCUUUGAAAACAGAUGACGUGUAAGCUAAUGAAUGCUUCCUAGCAUCCAAAAAGUACAUCCCGAUAUGGAUCACUGAAUUGCAGUAUCAGUCACAAAUGGUGAUCUUUUUGUUAAAACAGUAUUCAAAAGUGUAUUCACAGAAACCUUACAGAUAGUUUGUAAAAUGCAGUUUCUUUUCCUGUCAGUAUACUGUGUAGUAUAAUAACAUUAUAGUUUUGUUAGAAGUUAGUUUCUCUCUUUGGCCUCUCAGGAGUCCGGAACUAACAGAAAUACAUCAUCUAUCAACAACCUGUGAUUAUAAAACAGUUUGUGUCCACAAAGACUGGUCCAAUAUUUUUAACCUCUCAAUUUGCUAGAUGUUACAACUUCAACAAAAUAUAUAUGACAUCAUUUACCAAAAAAAAACCCAAACAAUGGGUAUGACCCAAUCCCAGUUCAGAGUACACGUAUUCUUGAACCUGUUCAGUGCUUACCCUGCUGCUCUGUACAAUUUAGAACAUAUGUAGAUAUGAUUCCACCAACACAGUGUCUAGCUGAGAACUGAUCAAGCCCUCUGAUGUUUACAUAAGCAAUCCCAGCAAUGGUUCUUCUGAUGAGAUUCAGUUCCCAUCCUGCCCAAGCCCAAACAUUUAACAUGUUAUUUGAAUGCUUAUAAUACUGGUUUGAUUGUACAUCAAAUGAAUAUCUAUCAGUUACCUUUCAGAAUUGGAAAGUAAACAUACAGCCAGCCUGACAAACCACCCUGCAUUUCUGAAAGGCUUUGACUUAUGCUAAAUAAAAUUGAAUGUAGUGACUUGAGUUUCAACCUGCACUACAGCCCUCAUCAGUCCUUAUUUUGAAGGCACACUAACACUGGACACCUGCUGUUGGGUAUUUAGUACAUGAACUGUAAAUCACAUUCUGUCAGUGCUUUCCUUUUUCCUGGUGAGAAAGGUAUGUUCAACACUUGCACAAGCUUGGUUCUAAAAUGACAAAAAACAGUUUCUAUGUUGUUUGUAUCUCUGCUGGAUCCUUCAGAAAACCUUCACUCUCACAAUUAUCACUGAAAAUGUAACAAGUACAAUAUAUAUGGUAUUCACAGUUUGAGUUUUUCUAUUAGACUACUGUGUCUGAUACUGUACUUUAUUAAACACUUUACUACAAGCCA